AUGUCUCAGCAAGCACUCAACAAGAUCGCGCCAAACUCGCCAUCGCGGGCUAAGCCAAAUGAGAUCGAGACCAACAUCGCAACCGCUCUCUAUGAGCUCGAGACCAACAUCCCAGACAUGAAGGCCGCCCUCAGGCCACUGCAGUUCGUCUCUGCCCGUGAGAUCGAGGUCGGCCACGGUCGCAAGGCGAUUGUCAUCUUCGUCCCAGUCCCUCUCCUCCAGGGCUGGCACCGUUCCCAGCAGCGCUUGACCCGUGAGCUCGAGAAGAAGUUCUCCGACCGCCACGUGCUCAUCGUUGCUUCCCGCCGCAUCCUGCCACGCCCAAAGCGCAGCAACCGCAGCCGCACCUCGCAGACCCAGAAGCGCCCACGCAGCCGAACUCUCACCGCUGUCCACGACGCCAUCCUCGCCGAUCUCGUCUACCCAGUUGAGAUUGUCGGCAAGCGUCUGCGCACCAAGGAGGACGGCGCCAAGAUCCUCAAGGUCGUCCUCGACGAGAAGGAGCGUGGUGGCGUCGACUACCGCCUCGACACCUACUCUGAGGUCUACAAGCGCCUGACCGGCAAGGGUGUCAACUUCGAGUUCCCACAGACAGCCCACGAGAUCUAG